AUGCCCACGGUAGAAAGCGUGAAUCUUUCUCCGCGUGAAACAAGCGACGGCGUGUUGGAAAAUCCUAACCUCAAGUUGGUUGAGGUUACGAAACACUUGGCGGAAGGCUUCAACCUGCACUCACGGAAUACAACCGACAGCGUGGCGGCAAAUUCUAACCUCACUCUUGCUAAGGGAUCCGACAGUAUGGCAAACAGGCUAGCCAUAAUGAAGCGACGGCAAGAAGCGGAGAAGAAACGGGUGGAACUGGAGUUGCAGCUGCGGUUCGUGAAGGAAGAGGAGCAGAUUUUGGCUGAGGAACUGGGCGUGCAAGUGACCGCUGAGACAUCGACAGUGAUACCAUCCUGUGCGGAGGGUGGUUCGAUGGAACGUGUGAGACGUGAGGAGCGCGGUUAUGCCCAGCAGGAGGUGAAUGUGCAUCGCAACAUACCAACCGAAUUACCCGUGUUUGCCGGGGACCCGGCGGACUGGCCAAUAUUCAUCGCGCAUUAUGAGUAUACUACGGACAAAUUCGGCUUUUCCAACUGGGAAAAUAUGUUGCGUUUGCAAAAGGCGCUGAAGGGUCCCGCUCUAGAGGCAGUGCGUAGCCGUUUACUUUUGCCGGAAGUGGUACCGCAAGUGAUAGCAACGCUGCGCUCACGUUAUGGUCGGCCAACGCAUCUCAUCUCGGCGUUAAUCGAGAAAGUGCGUAGGAUGGCUGCACCCUGCAUGGAGAAGCCCGACACCAUCGUGGCGUUCGGUGAAGCGGUGCAAAGCAUGGUGGACCAUAUGAAGGCCGCUGGACGAGAGGCGCAUCUGACUAACCCGUUGCUGCUACAGGAGAUCGUGGACAAGCUACCGAUGACCGAGAAAUAUAAUUGGGUGCGAUUUGUACGGCACAUCGACGAACCAGACCUCCGGAUGUUUGCAGAGUACAUGGCCGAGUUGCAGAGCGCUGCGGAGACGUUAACCAACCGGGAGUUACCAUCGUGGAAGGCGGCGGAAAGGAAGAAGCCCAGCACCAAGGCUUAUGUGCACGCACAUGUCGAUCAUCAGGAAUCAACAACAUCUGGGAAUAACUCAACGCAGGUAGGGAAAUCAUUGCGUUGUUUUAUUUGCGAUAAAAGGGGACACGAUGUGGGAAAAUGUUUUGAGUUUGUAGCAAUGUCGGUUAAGGAACGGUGGAAUAAGGCUCGUGCACAUUCUUUGUGCUUCGGCUGCCUGGGCAAGCACAACUGGCGGACGUGCCGCAACAGGCCAGUGUGUGGCAAAGAAGGGUGUACGUACCGACAUCAUGCGUUGCUGCACGGAGUGGAGGAGUCUCGGCGAGUCAGCAAUGAGAUCGGCGCUUCGGAACCCGGGGUUGGAAGGAACAAUGGUGGUGCUAUUGCGGAAAGCAACCAUCAUCAGUACGCAUCGUCUUCGUCGAAGGCACUCUUCCGGAUUGUGCCUGUCACCGUGUAUGGUCCGGCUGGAGCGGUGGCAACGUUUGCCUUUUUGGAUGAAGGUUCAUCCAUGACGUUGGUUGACGAGGAUUUGGCAGAGAAAUUAGGUGUCAAGGGUGUGGUGGAGCCUCUUUGCAUUCGUUGGACCGGCAAUACAACAAGGGUCGAGGCUGGGUCCAGACGCGUAAAUCUCGAGGUGGGUCCGAUUGGUUCUACAAGGCGUUUUGCGGUCAAUUCGGUACGUACGGUUCCAGCCAUGAACCUACCGCGGCAAUCCUUCGUACAGGACGAAGGGAGGUGGGAACAUCUGAAGCAGCUGCCGAUACAGGAAUAUAAGGAUGCGGAACCCAAGAUGCUUAUUGGGUUAGACAACCUGAGGCUGACGGUUCCCCUCAGGACGGUAGAGGGCGGAGAUGGUGAUCCAAUCGCAGUCAAAACGCGUUUAGGAUGGUGUAUCUACGGGAAGUCGACGAACCAGGGGGGUGAUAGACUACUGCACAUCUGCGAGUGCAAUAGCCCAAACAAUCUUCACGACGCGAUUGGCAAAUUCUACGAACUGGAGCAAAUGGGGGUGGCGUACACACACGUUCAGGAUGACCCGGAUACCCAACGUGCUCAACAUCUAUUGGAGGUUACCACGGUUCGUGUUGGAAGACGUUUCGAGUCGGGUUUAUUGUGGAAGGUGGAUCAUUCAGAGCUUCCUUCAAGCCUCGCUAUGGCGAAACGUAGGUUCGAUUGUUUGGAGAAAAGGAUGGAACGAGAUGGUCAGCUCAAGCUGCAGGUACACCGUCAGAUUCGCGAGCUGCUGGACAAACAGUAUGUGCACAAGGCAACGAAACAGGAACUGUCGGAGGCUAACCCGAAACGAAUUUGGUAUUUACCAAUAGGAGUGGUUACUAACCCAAACAAACCUGGAAAGGUGCGUUUGAUUUGGGACGCUGCAGCUAAGGCACAUGGCACAUCACUUAACGACAUGCUGCUUAAGGGUCCUGACGAGGUUAUGUCUUUACUUGGAGUACUAUUCCGUUUUCGUCUGUAUGCAGUGGCGGUGUGUGCAGACGUAAAGGAGAUGUUUCUACAGAUAAGAGUGCGGAGAGAGGACAAGCAUGCACAGCGCUUCUUAUGGCGGUACAAUCCUUCGGACGAGCUGGAUACCUACAUCGUGGACGUUGUGACAUUUGGCUCUACAUGUUCACCCGCGACAGCGCAGUAUGUCAAGAACCGGAACGCGAAAGAGCAUGCCGAGAAAUUCCCACGUGCGGUUGAGGGAAUCCUUGAGAGCACAUAUGUGGACGAUUUCUUAGACAGCUUUGGGACGACGGAGGAGGCGUGUCGAGUGUCUAACGAGGUCCGGAAAGUAUUCAGCAAUGGCGGAUUCGAGCUAAGGAAUUGGAGCUCGAAUAGUGCAGAGGUAAUUAAACACCUCGGUGAGCAGAACAGCGGAAACAUCAAAUAUUUAUCAACCAUGGGGGAUGAUAUCGAACGCGUAUUAGGAAUGCGUUGGCAUCCUGCAUCCGAUACAUUGGGAUUCUGCACACGGGCGUGUACGGUGAUAGCUGACUUCCUAAAGGCAGAGCGGAUUCCAACGAAGAGAGAGGUAUUACGAUGUGUGAUGUCAUUGUAUGAUCCUCUUGGGUUGUUGGCGAUAUUCGUGAUUCACGGCAAAAUCCUGAUACAAGAUCUAUGGCGAACCGGCACGCAGUGGGAUGAAGAAAUAAAUGGCAUCCAAUACAGCGAAUGGCGCAGAUGGAUAGAACUUCUCCCAACGAUUGGCGACAUACGCAUUCCGCGUUGUUACUUUACCGAAGCAUCGAAGAAAACGUACGAGAAUGCCGAAUGGCAUGUGUUCGUCGAUGCCAGCCAGCACGCAUAUGCAUGCGCUCUUUAUCUUCGCACGAUCGAUGAGUCCGGUGAACCGCAGUGCACCCUGGUUGGAGGAAAGGCUAAGGUGGCGCCAUUAAAGCCCCUUACGAUACCGAAGCUAGAACUCCAAGGUUGCGUGUUAGGCGCACGGUUCUUGCGCUACACGCAGGAACACCAUCCAAUUCGUGUGACACGACGAGUGCUCUGGACUGAUAGCACGGUCGCUCUGUCAUGGAUAAGAGCGGAUCCCCGAAACUACAAACCCUUCGUUGCCCAUAGAGUAGUCGAGAUUCUGGAGAGCACGGCAGUGGAUGAGUGGCGAUGGGUGCCGACAGACCACAACCCAGCGGAUGAGGCAACGAAGUGGAAGGGUAGGCCGAACUUCGACUACGACGGAAUCUGGUUUCAAGGGCCGGAAUUCUUGCUGAUUGGAGAGGACGACUGGCCGCAACAAAGAUCGACCGACACAGGCACGGGAGAAGAAAUACGGCGGACCCAGUGGACAUUCUACUCGGAGGAAAUUCGUGUCCUGAGCACCCAAAAUGGCGAUGAAGUACCCCGCGGGACGGUAGCUAAACAAAGCCGUAUAUACAAGCUAUUGCCAUUUCUGGAUGAAGAAGGCGUUUUACGGAUGCGAGGAAGAAUAGGAGAAGCGGCGGAAGUACCCUAUUCCGCAAAGUAUCCAGUAAUUCUACCGGGGAACUCUAAAUUGGCUGAGCUAAUAGUGGAGCGUUAUCAUCGAGUCUAUCGCCACGCCAAUAACGAAACAGUAGUGAACGAGGUACGACAACAGUUCCAGAUCCCGAGGCUGCGAGCGUUGGUUGCGAAAACGGUGAGGAAUUGUGUGUUCUGUGCAAUCCGGCGGGCACUACCACAAGUACCACCAAUGGCACCGCUACCAAAGGAGAGACUGGCACCGUUCGUCCGGGCGUUUACCUUCGUUGGACUCGACUACUUUGGCCCGGUAUUGGUAAAGAGAGGAAGGUCGAAUGAAAAGAGAUGGGUUGCCGUAUUCACCUGUUUGACCAUACGAGCGAUCCAUUUGGAGGUAGUGCAUAGCCUAGCGACAGAAUCAUGCAUAAUGGCGGUCAGGCGAUUCGUGGCGAGGCGAGGUGCACCGAUAGAAAUCUUCAGUGACAACGGGACCAACUUCGUGGGCGCUAGCAGACAACUUCGAAAAGAAAUCGAGCAACGUAAUGAAAUCCUGGCAACGACUUUCACCAAUGAACACACCCUUCGGAACUUCAACCCGCCUGGUGCUCCCCAUAUGGGAGGCGCAUGGGAGCGUAUGGUGCGCUCAGUGAAGGCUGCGAUCAGCACGGUAAUGGAGGUGAGGAAUUUACCGAAUGACGAGACAUUCGAGACCAUAUUGUACGAUGCUGAGGCCAUGAUCAACUCUAGACCGUUGACGUACGUACCGUUAGAUCCGGAGAACCGAGAGGCGAUUACACCAAAUCACUUCCUGUUGGGAAGUUCUUCGGGAGUUAAACAACGGCCGGUGUCAGCGGAGCGGAUCGGAUCAGUUGCGGACAGCAACGCGACGAAACCAGGGCGAAACCGAUCCGAACCGAAGAAGCUGACGGACGAAAUCGUGUUCGGAUCGGUCGGAGGGCACUGA